GACGAGUGCAAGCUGGAAGCAUCGAGACCUCAAGCACUACCUGUGGAUGGUGGUCUUAGUGGACAGCCGAGUCAAGCGGCAUCAGGAGAAACCUCUCAGUCUCAGAAAGCGCUGGUGGAACCUUCUGGGAAGGGACGUGGAGGAGGAGCUCGUGAAGGUGGAAAUGGAAUUUUUCAUGCUGAGCGUCAUGGUAGAGAGGGAAGUAGAACUCCUAGGCCCAGAACUCGUGGACGUGCAGUUAGCCCUCAGCUGUUUGGAGAUCUACCUGGACUCGGUCGGGCUCCGCAAUUGCAUGGUGAUCUACAUCAACGUGAUCGGGCAUUGCAUGCUGGUCUUCCUCAACGCGAUCGGGCUUUGCAUGCUGAACAUCCUCAACAAGAUCGGGCUUGGCUUCCAGAUCUACCUCAACAAGAUCGGGCUUGGCUUCCAGAUCUACCUCAACGUGAUCGGGCUUUGCACGGAGAACUACAUCCUGGACAAGAUCUACGUGGUGCAGCAACGGUGCGCGAUCUUCAUGGUCUUCAUCAAGAAGGUGGUCCUCAUGGUGGAGUGCAAGGGCAUGGAACUUUGGGUGUCGCACCUAUGCCGGCAUCUUGGGAAGCUUCUGGAGGAGGUGGCGGCGGAAAAGCUGAACUACCUGUAUUGCCGAAUGGACGUGGUGGUGGAAAUCAAAAUGCAGCCAACAACAAAGCGGCUGUCAAGCAAGCUUCAGUUGGAAAAGGUCAUGAUGGUGGAGUUGCAAGCUCAACAACUGAUCAAACCUCUUCUAGUACGUGCGCUGAUGGUCCAGGACUGGGUGCUGAGAGACCACAUGUGCCAUCUCUACACAAAAGCUGGAGAAAAGAUCGAUGUGGAACUUCACAAUGGAUGUCCCUACGUUGCUCAUGAAUUUGGAGCGAAACUGCUGACGGUUUUGGAACAGCAUCAAAUUCAACAAGAGCUGAAAAAGAUGACCUUGAAGUCAAUCUUGACAAGAGGGGCUGCCGGUCUUGGCGACAAAAUGAGCAUUGAAAUGGCGAUGCUUGUCAAGCUCAAGGAGGUCAUGCCGACUUUGCCUGAAGAUUUGGCGUUGAAGCUGGUCCCAGAUCUCUCAGUGCUCACGGACCCCAACAUCGGCUUGAACCUUCCAUGGAAUCGCAGAAAGCGAAAAAGACUCAUGAUGGCAAGGAAUGUGAUCAUCCACAUGUACAGUGGACCUGAUGCUUCUUACUGGGAGCGGCGUUUGUCAAAUGAGCACACUGAGGUGCUGUGCGUGGACUUGGAAGCCUCAACACCUUCAAAUGCUUUGGAUGAAACAACCUUUGCGUUUUUGCUUUCCUUGUGCGCCAGCAAACGUGUCAAAGCUCUACUUGGAGGCCCUCCAUGCAGAACAACAAGUGCUCUCAGGUUUCAAAAGGAUGAUGGUCCACCAAUUCUUCGAACAGAAGAUCACCCAUACGGUUUGCCAUCAUUGACUCCACAACAAGCUGAAUUGGUCACCAAUGACUCAAUUCUGUGGCUCCGUUUGAUGCUGAUGUACAUCCUCUGCGAAGAAGUGCGUCCAAAAGAACAAGCUCAAACUGCAUUUCUUUGUGAACAACCUCAAGACCCAGCGGAAUACCGCAAGAAGGAGGAUGUGGAUGAGCACCAGUACUUUUCAAUGUGGAGAACUCAGGAAUGGAAAAGCUUCCAAGAAGCCUACAACGCCAAGCUGAUCUCCUUUGAUCAAGGGCCUUUUGGACACCCAAAACGAAAGCCAACCACCUUGGCCUUGAUCAACAUGAAUGAGAUGAUGCAGCUACAAGAUGUGCGAGGUCGUGGAGCUGAACCUGAAGUUGCUCCGCUACCAGAACUCAGUGUGAAAGAAAGAUGUGCUAUGUCAAAAACUUGGGCGGCUUGGGCACCUGGUUUGAAGGCUGCAGUUGCUGAAGCAAUCAGCAGAUGGAUUCGCCGUGAAGCGCCUCCACGUGAAGGACCUGAAGAUCCUGUUGGCGUUGUUUACGCCGAUGAUGAUGUCCGACCUGCUGGUGUCGCUGCCAUUGGAAAUGUUGCCCUUCAACAAUGGAAGCAACACUACAUGCAGGACCACAUGCCGGCCCGUCGAGAUUGCAGCCACUGUGUACGUUCUCAAGGUCGCAGUCGAGCACAUCGCCGAGUUUGUCAUCCGGAAAGCUUCACUUUGAGCUUGGACAUGUCUGGUCGGAUGACUGGUGGCAAGAUGAAGAGGAAGAUCACCCUUUGCCUGGCCUUGAUGACCCUGAGCUCUCUGGUGAUCCUCAAGAACAACAACCUGGAGAUGGUCAACCACCUCAACAACAUGUUGAACGAGAUCAACAACAAGCGAGCCAUGAAGCUCAACAUGAACAAGGUCUUCCUGCAGGUGUUGCACAAGAUGAACCUGAUCCUCUCCAAGAAGAAUCGGUUGAAGUUGAAGAACAAAUUCAACUGCUUGCGGAUGAAGAUCGAGCUGAAGAACAACAACAAACGUGCUCAUGCGGGUGCUGCUGCAGCAAUGAGUUUUUUUGUUGGUCAGACGUUGCUGACAGAAGCCACAGCUCUGGAGUUGAAAAGCGAGAGCGAUGAAGCUGAUCCGUUGUGGAUAGCUGCGGUGCUGCUGAUGAUCCUUGGGGCAAUCUAUGCAGGCAAAUUGACAUUGAUGUCAGCGAAGUGUUGCCUGAGACGAUUGCAAUGGGUCGACGAGCCUCAAGCAGUUGUUUCAAAUGAUGGUGAUGAAUCAUCAGGCUCCGCUACCAAAGAUGUUGAAAUGAGAUCAAGUUUGAGGCGACGCUUGAAUGUUUCGAGCGGAUCUGGCCCUGUGCAGGCCCUUAGCAGUUCAGGCCCUGUGCAGGCCCCUAUGGUGAUGUCUCUCAGUGGAGUUGGCCCUGGGCAGGCCUCUGGAGCGUCUUCGAGCGGCGUUGGGAACUUUGGCCCUGUGCAGGCCUCUGGAACGUCUUCGAGUGGCGCUGGGAACUUUGGCCCUGUGCAGGCCUCUGGAGCGUCUUCGAGCGGCGCUGGGAACUAUGGCCCUGUGCAGGCCUCUGGUGCGUCUUCAAGCAGCACUGGAAAUGUUGGCCCUGUGCAGGCCCCUGUGACGAUGCCUUCGAGUGGGGCUAGCACUUUGAGCAGUUCUAGCCCUGUGCAGGCUCUUUCAGGUGGAUCUAUGAGUUUUGGCCCUGUGCAGGCCACUGGUGCGUCUUCAUGCAGCGCUGGAAGUUUAGGCCCGGUGCAGGCCUUUGGUGCUUCUUCGAAUGCGGCUGCUGGCAUAUCUUCGAGCACUGGAUCUGGCCCUGUGCAGGCCUCUGCGGCUUCUUCAGGUCCUGAGCAGGCCUUUGCGGCUGAUGUGUCCGGCCUUGAGCAGGCCCUGAGCGCUGUAGCAGAAAUCUCUGGGCAUGCUGCUGCUGGUGGUGACAUUGAGCGUGCAUUGCAGCGGCGAGCAGCUGAAGUGAGCGAGGCUUCUUGGGGUCGCUCGGACGGCGACGGCGACUUCGGCAGCAGGUCUUCAGAAGAUCUUGAAGCCGAGGUGACAGAGGCUCAAAGCCCGGCUUCAGCGGCUACAGCGGGCGAGAAAGAAAACUUGGAGCUACACAAGAAGAUCAACAGGCAGCUCUCAGCAGGUUCUACGCCGGCAAGGAUUUUGUUCGUGGUCGAACGAAACCUCUCGGUGAUGAAUGGCAUCAAUUUAUCCACCGCCUUCCAUCGCCUCGGUCGCUGUUCACAAAAACUUCAGGGCCGACAAGUGAAGGUACUGAUGAGCAUGGUGGAGCUGGCAGAAAGAAAGGCACAUGACGAGUUGCAGAUGCACGAUGGAACGCUGCCGGCCAAUUGUUGCACCAUCAUCGCCUGGUCCUGUGCGAUGUUGAAGGUCUUUUCGGGACCUUUGUUCUCCGCAUUGAUUGCGGUGGUGGCUAAGAGUGCGAGAGCUUGUGAAGUCUACGAGGUGAGCAACCUUCUUUGGGCUUGCGUCCAAUAUCAGAAGGCAGCGGUGCGACAUCAGGAGCUUGGCGCGACCGACCCGAGCAUGAGCUCCCUUGUUGCAGAGAGUUACGAUGCCAUCGCAUUCCUGGUGCGUGGCUACUUCUCCCAUCGGCAGUUUGAGGACAUCAAGACAUCAGUUUUGCUGUCGGCCUUUACAUCCACAGCAGCACUUCUUCCGAAUUCCAACCAGAAACGGGUGCUGCUGAAAGAUUUGAGAAAUGCACUUAGGAGGCGGCUGAGUGAGUUGAGUGAACUACAGCGAAAGUUGGUUUUUGGCCCAAAGUGGACAGCAUGUGCGGCGCAGUGACCGAGGGACAUCCCCCGUGUUGCGCCCGCGCGUGUCCAACAAGUCCUCUGGGUUUAACUUUUUGCGAAGCCUUCAUACGCUGUGGUGAUGCAGAGAUGGAAGAAAUCCAACCCACCAGUUGAUAGGUGGCGUAUCCUUGAGAUCCAAAAGAAGGCUAG